UCGGUACGGAUCGUGGAUCGUUUGGCGGAUUGUAGAUUGUAGAUACGUUCGCUGUUCUCCAUUCGCCGUGUAGUUCUUCGUAGUAAAAAUUCAUGUUAAUGAAUGUUAAUUUAUACAUUUUGUAAGAAUCGAAAAAUCAUUGAAAGCGACUCGAUUAUUUUCUUUUAGUGUGUUUUGAAAGAGAUUUCGAACAAUUUGCCGCAGUCGUGUAUGUUAAGUCGAUACGUACGAUCAUGGAUCCCGAUUUUGUGAAUAAAUAUAAUCAGGUGUUGAGUCGCCUCAAGCUCGUGGAGAACUUUGAUGGUGAUCCUGGCAAAUUGCCGCAAUUCCUGAACAAAAUCGAAGCUCUAAUGCCGGCGAUCAACAGUUUCGAUGAUUACUAUAAAGCACAACUGAUCGGACACAUAAAGAACAAGUGCACGGAUCGGGCGAGGGAUGCGGUCUUCACACGCCAGCUGAGUGCUCCGGCUGGCAAUGGACAUGUGGCGGGGAAUGGAAGUGCUCUGCUCCGUGUGGAGUCCUGGCACAAAUUGAAGGAGCAACUGUUGCACAGCUUUGCGGAGCGUGAAUCCAGCUAUGCUUUGAUACAUAAGAUCAGGAGUGCCGUCUUGGAUUCCAACAUCGAGUUGUAUUAUCAAAAAAUGGCCAAAUUAAAGCAGCGUCUGUUGAAUCGCAAAUUGACGCACAAUGACACAUUGUACGCGCUGGAGGACAUUGAGAGAAUCACGCUGCAAGUGUUCCGCGAUCAUCUGCCGGAGCCAACGCAUUCAAUGAUCCUGCGCAGGAAUCCCAAGAGCAUGGAGGAGGCCUAUCGUUAUAUUGUGGAGGUGCAACAACAGUUCUACACGCAGAGCGGACCACUGGGCGGAGAGCAGGGCGCCACCUUUAGCACCAGUCACAAGCAGACCUUUGGCGUGGGCAUGGGUGGCGUGGGAGUGGGCACUGUUGGCUCCGGCGUGGGCAUGGGUCUGGGCAUUGCCUCGGUGGGUUUGACCAGCACCGGAUUCGCCUACAAUCGUCAGAUGUCCGAGAAGGGGCAAUUGGGUAACUCCCAGAAGAGCUAUUACAAUCAGGCAGCUCCAGCUGUUGGCGCUGGCAAAACGAAUCCCAUGUUCAAGAGCGUUGGCAAUCCCUCCUUCAAGUCCAGCUUCAGCUACAAUGGCAGUGGUACCACAAGCUACAACAACAGCUACUCCUCCAGCAAGCUGGACAAGAACAAAGCUGGCAAGGAUGCGGCAGCCAAGGGGCAACAACAGUUGAAGGGCAACAGCGGCAGCAGUUGGCGCAAGUGAUGCCACAAAUCCCAAGAGAUCUGGCACUUAGUCAUCAUGGGCCAAAUGAGCUAAUCCCAAUCCCAAUCAUCCCAAACAAAUCUGCUCAUGACCUAAUCUCUUUUUUUUUUUUUGCUGUUGUUGUUAUUAAACUCUCUGACUAAGCCGUCGAUAGUAGUGUGAGUGCAAUUGACAUUGCCAUUGCAUGCCUCAUGCUAAUUAUCCAAUACCCGCUUCCCCCCUCUCCCUCUAAUAGCCACUGGUAACCCCUUCUAAUAGUCAGGUUGAUGAUUAUGAUGAUGAUGUUGCUGCUGCACUUAAAUGAUGCUGAUGCUGAUGAUGAUGAUGAUUGCACUCCCGACACUGAACCCGCCAUGGCGCAUGUUAAUUAUUAGAUCAUAAGUCUUAAAUGUGUAUAUAUAUUGUAUAUUGAAUACCCCCCCUACCCCGUUCUAGCCCCUCCUCCACCUAGACCUACUCUAAUCCUCUACUGAAAUUGUUGUUGUUUACGAAAUAAAGUGUAAAGUCUAACA